AUGCAAAGCAGCAUUAUGUAGAAAAGCAGGAGAAGCAUUGGUCAUAGAGGAGAUCCAAGUUGAUCCACCUCAAGCUUACGAAGUUCGUAUUAAGAUUUUAUGCACUUCUCUCUGUCACACUGAUGUUGCUUUCUGGAAAUUAGACUGGGGACCUCUUGCAAGGUUUCCUAGGAUUCUAGGACACGAAGCAGUCGGUGUUGUGGAGAGUAUUGGAGAGCAUGUGGAUGGAUUCAAACAAGGGGAUGUUGUUUUACCAGUGUUUCACCCUCACUGUGAGGAAUGUAAAGAUUGCAAAUCCCCAAAGAGCAACUGGUGCUCGAGGUAUUGCGACGACUUCUUAUCAAACACGAGGCGAUAUGGAAUGGCUUCCAGGAGUAGGGGCUGCAUGGAAGGUGGCUGACGUAGAGGAAGGUUCAACCGUCGCUAUUUUUGGCCUUGGUGGUGUUGGACUUGCGGUUGCAGAAGGCGCCAGGCUACGUGGGGUUGCAAAGAUCAUCGGUGUAGAUCUCAAUCCCGACAAAUUUGAAAUAGUAGGUAAACGAUUUGGUAUCACGGACUUCGUCAACCCUGCUUUAUGUGGAGAGAAAAAGACUAGCCAAGUGAUCAAAGAAAUGACCGAAGGAGGAGUUGAUUACAGUUUUGAAUGCAUUGGUUUAACUUCCUCGAUGGAAGAGGCUUUCAAUAGCACACGCACGGGAGCGGGUAAAACAGUAAUUUUGGGGAUGGAAAAACAAAUGUUGCCAAUAAGCUUGGGUAGUCAUGAUCUUCUCAGAGGCAGAACCAUAUGUGGAACUUUAUUUGGUGGUCUGAAACCUAAACUUGAUAUUCCAAUACUCGUGGAUUCUUAUCUAAAAAAGGAACUUAAUCUAGACGGUUUUAUCACACACGAGUUAAGCUUUGAGGAAAUUAACAAGGCUUUCGAUUUAUUGGUGAAGGGAAAAACUAUCCGUUGUGUCCUAUGGAUAGAUAAAUAACUGUUUUCCAAUCAUAAUUUGAGUUAAUUGUUGUUGGGAACAAAAAAUUGUAUUCAAAUUUAUCAAAUGUAAUUUCAUCUGUGUGAUAAUUUGCUUGUAUUGCUUAAAUAUUUGGUUGAAGAGAAACACAAUUUGCAUCUUCUUUAAAGGUUUAAGGUAUAAAGUAAAAAAAG